CAUUGCCUGCGCUGUGUUUAUUAUAGAGAGUCAGGUUCACAUGGGAGGAAAGCGUGUGGUCAGCAGAUACAGAUGAUGACCGAGUGGACUGAUUAAUGCGCUUUAACUCCAGCUGAUAACCACUGCAGCUCCCGGACACUCUCACUAACUGCGGAAAGAAGCGGCGGAGAAAGAGUUUUUAUUUGGUUUAUGCCGUGGAGUUAAAGUGUGUGCUGACUUUGGUGAGAAUGAGGCUUGUACACAGAAAGCGGAUUCCGGCUGGAAAUGGAGAGGAUUCCCGAGUUUCAGAGCACUUCACAAACCCUUUUACGCACGAGCUGAGGGUCAGUCCUGUGCAGAAAGUCAAGAUUGCAUUGAUGACCGUGACGCUGUUUCCUGUGCGACUGCUAUGUGCUGCUUUCUUCAUGUUGCUCGCAUGGCCUUUCGCGUUUUUGGCCACCGUGGGCCGCACCGAGGACGCCGUCGAGCCUCUCUCCUGGUGGAGGUGGCUGGUGGAUCUUAUCAUCAAAGCCAUCAUGAGGGCGAUGUGGUUUUCCGGAGGCUUCCACUGGGUCCGGGUGAAAGGCAAACCAGCUCUGCCCAGUGAAGCUCCCAUCCUCACACUGGCACCGCACUCGUCUUACUUCGACGCCAUUCCAGUGACCAUGACCAUGGCAUCGAUAGUGAUGAAAGCCGAGAGCAAAAACAUUCCUAUCUGGGGCACGCUGAUUAAGUUAAUCCGUCCGGUGUUUGUGUCACGCUCGGAUCCUGAUUCUCGCAGGAAGACUGUGGAGGAGAUUAAACGCAGAGCAUGCUCAGCAGGCCAGUGGCCUCAGAUCAUGAUUUUUCCUGAGGGGACCUGCACCAACAGAUCCUGCCUCAUCACAUUUAAACCCGGUGCGUUUAUUCCUGGGGUUCCGGUCCAGCCGGUGGUUCUGCGCUAUCUUAAUGAACUGGACACAAUCUCGUGGACAUGGCAAGGACCUGGAGCAUUUAAGAUUCUGUGGCUCACACUGUGUCAGAUCCACAAUCCUGUGGAGAUCGAGUAUCUCCCUAUUUACACACCAUCAGAGGAAGAGAAAAGAGAUCCGGCUCUGUUCGCCAGCAACGUGAGACGCAUCAUGGCCAAAGCUUUGCAAGUACCAACUGUAGACUACUCUUUUGAAGACUGUCAGCUCUCAAUGGUCAAAGGUCCCCUGUGUUUACCUAGCCACACAUCCCUGCUGGAGUUCUCCAGACUGGUGCGUAAACUCGGGCUGAAGGUAGGAGUCACAGAUGUGCUCCUGCAAGAGGAAGGCAAAAAAGCAUGCAAACUCUGUGGACGCAAACUGAGUCUGGAGGAAUUUGCAAAGUACUUAAAGCUUCCAGUGACAGAAACACUGCAGGACAUCUUCACACUCUUUGAGGAGCAUGGGCAGAUGGAUGUGAGGGAAUAUGUCAUUGCCCUCUCUGUGAUCUGCAGACCCUCUAAAUAUCUCAAGACUCUUCAGCUGGCCUUUAGAAUGUUUGAGGCUGAGGAGGACGGAGCGGUUGUGGAAGACGAGCUGGUCGUCAUUCUGAAGUCAGCACUUGGAGUGGAAGACGUCGCUGUGGGGGAAGUCUUCAGAGCUGUUGAUACAGGAGACAAAGGAAAGAUCAUGUUUGAUGAUUUUUGCCAUUUCAUGGAGAGCUGUCCCAACUUCAUGGAGUCAUACCACUGUGUCGAUGAACCAUCCUCACACGCGUGUUCAGGACUCGUACAACCCGCAGCCAACAGCUUCUGCCCUGACUUCAGCCCUCAGGAGCCAAACACAGCGCACAACACAGCAAACAGCAAGAAACACGACUGAUGUAUGUUAGAGAUAUCAGACUGCAUGAGAUAUCUGCAUGCGCUAAUGUGUAUUUGAGAUAAAGAUCACGUGUUCGUUUUUGUCUUCUUUGGGUUUUAAUGUUUUCUACUGAACGCUGUAUUUUUGCCAUCACUGUUUUAACAGAUCUUCUGAAAAUCGACUGGACUUGAAGUGAAUUAUUUUUUGUACUCCUUAUCUGUAUUUAAAGGAAACUUGAAACUGACUUUAAUGCAUUAAGGUAAAGUACUCGUUAUUUGUUUGAAACAAAUAUUCAGAUUUGUACAAUCAAAACCAAGUAACUAAUUUCAUAUACUGUACAUGUAUGUUUCUAUCAUAUCAGUUAAAACAACACUUAAAUGAACAAACUGUAUGAUUAUUUAUUUACAGUUGAUUCACAGCUCUAAUUUCUGUGAUAAGAUAAUAAGAAAACCUGUGUUUGAGUAGGUAGGAAUUCUAACUGUCCACCUUUUUUUACCACAAGAGGGCGCUCUGCCAUAAGAAACCGUAGGAACUGUCGUAAACAAUUAUUUAGUCAGGUUAAGCAGAGUUUUCACAUUCACUUCAAUUCGAUUUUAUUUGUAUACCGCUUUCAACAAUGGACAUUGUCUCAAAGCAGCUUUACAGAACAUAAGAAACAUAGUACAAAAGUCCUAUAUGUUAGACAAAAUCAUCCCUAGUGAGCAAGCCUGAGGCGACUGUGGCAAAAUAAAACUCCCUAGAUGGUAUGAGGAAGGAACCUUGAGAGGAACCAGACUCCCAUUUGGGUGACACUGGAGUGUGAUUAUAAAUUAUUAUAUGCUAUAUUAUUAUAUAGACCUGUCCAGGGUGUACCCCUGCCUUUUGCCCAAUGUGCACUGGGAUAGGCUCCAGCAGACCCCCGUGACCCUAAUUAGGAAUAAAGCGGGUAUAGAUGAUGGAUGGAUGGAUGGAUGGAUAUUAUUAUAUACAUGCUUCUACAUUUUCUGCAUAUAUUAGAUUACAGCAACAUUUUCUAA